AUGGAUAAUAGAGAAAUUGCUAACAAGGUAAAACGAAAAUUACUCGAAUAAUUGUUAAAACUAAUCGAUAAUUAUUUACUUUUAUAUUCGAAAUUUAUUGUGUUUUUUUUUUUAUAAUCCAUUAUUCGAUUAUACCUAACUAGAUUAAUUUUCAAGCAAUUGCAAUGUUCUUGUUCAAAAGUUUUAAUAAGUUUUUAGACAUAGAUAUUGAACUCUAGCUAUUAAGUAAUUGGAAAAAAUUCCAGCAUUUUUAAGAUAUAUAUCUUAAUUCGUGAUUUAAAUCAUGGUUUAUAUUAUGUACAAAAUUAAAAUGUUAUGUUUGCAAUACAACAGAAAAAAAGAUUAAAUAGUAGUCUGUUAGAAGCCAAUUAUGCCAUAAUUUUAUUUUAGAUGAAAAUUAAUAAUCUAAGAGAAUGUAAGAAUAAUAUAUAUAUAUAUUGAUAAUAUACUAGUAUUGUCAUGUGAAAACGCAGGGAAUUGAAUAAAUGAUAAAACUUUAAACGGACGUUUCAUCCCUGUAAAAAAAUGAGUUUACGGACGUUCAGUCUGCAGCAAUUAUUAAGAUAGGUCGUUUGGUCCCUGGCAUAUUUUGAUUAUAGGGAAUUAGUUUUUCAAGUCUUUAAAUCAUUAUUAUUUAUUAAUUUUUUCAAACGUUUAUUAUUUCACUAGGUAACAAUAAAUUAAUACAUUUAUUUUUAAUGAAAAAUUUAAUUUAGAGAAAGAAGAAAUUAUUUUAAAAAUUAACUAAUAUUUAAAAUACCUAUACAAGCAUAAUGAUGAUGAUAUUUUAUACUAUUUAAAAAUAUAAAUCAUUUGACCUAAAAAUAAAUAGGUAUAUAAUUUUUUAUUUAUUUUGAUUUACUAUAAUAUUGUUCGGUGUCGACGGUGGUUUACCAAAAGCAAUAAGGCAUUCGAGAAUAUUCGCGAUUAUUUGGUACACCUAGCGGUAGGGAGGAGACGCCGCGCUGACGUGUCGUUAGUCGUUAUCAUUACCACCAGUCGCCAGUCGCCAGUCGUCAGUCGCUAGUUGCCACUCCUGUUGCUCACUUCUACUACGUUAAAUGCUUUCCGGAGCGUGUCGUUGUUCGUUUUAAUCGUCUGAACAAGUAAAAGAUUAGCGUCCAUAGGUACUUUUUUUUCGCAGUCUUAUAUGUCUGGCGUGUUUCCUUUUUUCUUUAAUAAAAUAGUAAUAACAUCUCAGCAGUGGUACGGCCCGAGGAAACGCAGGUAACGUGUUAAACGUCCGUCAUGUUUUUUCUUUCUUAACGGGCCAUCCGGGGACCAGAGCACGUGAGUCGGUGCAGCCAUUGUGGCACGAUAACUUUGGCGUUCAUUAUUCUGGCACGUUUCUAAGUUUUACUCCAUUUGCGGCGUAUUUACGGUUGGCUGACGGUGAGUUGAGUGGAAGGUGAAGUCGAAGCCCAAGGUCAGUGGUGCAGCUCAGCGGUCGUAAUGGAGGAUUAUCAGGUGUGACGCGUUUAAUAUCAUGGUAACACGCGGUAUAAAUGAUAAUUGUUAUCAGUGAUACGCGGCCUUUAUUGUAAUUCGAGUAUACAUUCAUAUCAUUUAUAGUUAUAUUAUUAUUAUUUUUUAUAGGCCGGUGUAGUCUUGUUUAUUAGUAAAAUUGUAAUUCGUAAAUUAGUAUUAAUACGUUAUUAGAUGAGCGCCUAUAGUUUGUUGUUUUUUUUGUGAAUAUUAUACAGUCUAUUUGUACUUUAUUGGUUUUAGUAUUAUCUUAGUCUCUACUGGGUUCUUGUAGUGUACUUAAUUUUAGUUGCAACAAUAAUUGUGAUUUAUUUAAAUUUUCACUAUUUGUAAUUGUAUUGUAUGAUUACAUAUUUGUAUUUGUAGAAUUGUCAUUUAAACAUUAAAUUUUUUAUUAGAAAUGAAUGUAUUUAUUUUUAUUGAAAUAAUGAACUUUUAAAUAAGUUAAUAAAUAUACUAAUAAUUUAAAAAAACCUUACCAUACCUUUUUCAUUGGAAUUGCAUUCAUAGUGAAGUAAUUUUAAAUAAUUGUAUUAUAAUUUUAACCAAAAAUCACAUUAAACAUUACAUAUAGUAUUAAAAUAUAGUGAAUAAUUGGUAUCCUAAUAAGUUAUGUUUUUUGCUUAUUAGAUAUGUUUAAUGUAAGUAUUUUGUUACGUAAUUAAAUAUUAGGAAAUCCUAAUAGUCUAGGUAGAAUAUUAGGAAAUUCCUGAUAAAGUUUAUUUAUUAUUAAAUAAUACAUAUUUUAUGUUAACUAUAAUUUACAAUAAUUGGAUAUUUUAAUUUUCUCUUUAUUUGAUCAAUAUUUUUAAAUAUAAAUUUUCAUAUGAUAAAAUAUUGUUUUAUAUUAGUUUGCUAUCAGACAUUAAUCAUACUUGCAUAUAAAUGAGCCUUGUCAAAGUAAUAAGAAUAAAAUAUUUUUUAGAUUUUGUCAUGCUUAACUUUAAAAAAUAAUUUUAGAUUGACACCAACAUAUUGGGGUUGCUUUCUCAAACAUUUAUUUUAAUACUAAUAAAAGUUAAACAUUUUUUAUUUUUAGGCCGAGAAUCGUGUUGUCCAAAAAUUUCCGGAACGAAUUGUCUAUUUAAAUGAAUUGCUAAAGAAACCAGAGUUCUGUAUCCCUGAAAUUGAUUUAAAGUGUAACUUAGAACUCUCUACAGUGUUAAAAUUGGGAAAAAAUAUAAACAAGUGAGUUAACUAAAGUUUAGAUACCUGUAGAGUAUACAUAUUAUAUUACUGAUUUUAGCAAGUAAAAAGUUUUUAAGAUUUUGGGCCGGUUUUAUACGUAUUUAAUAAUAAGAAAAUAAAACCCGUAUUUCUAACUUCAGUCAAAACCGUUUUCAAUCAUUAUGUGCGGGUUAUACUAACCGACCAUUAUUGGCUGGUUAUCGAAAUGUAACUGAACAUUAAAGCAAUUAAUUGUCUGUUUUUGAUAUAUUUUUUUUCUGAUUAUAGUGUACUUUGCUUUUUUUUUUUUUAUCAAAAAUAAUGAUAUAUUAAUGUUGAAGAAAAAAUAUUUGAAAUUGCCUCUCAAAGAUUAUCUAGAUAUUGCGAAAGUAUUGCAUAUGUAUUUAUUAUUUAUUAAAGUAUCUAUUUAAACUUCGGCCCACUAGAGAAGCAAAUCGUUUUGUGCAUACAACUAACAGUAUUGAACAUCAUUACUCAAAUAUUCUGGGCGAUGUAUUGUGUUGUUGACUGUGUUUUUGUUAACACAUGAGUUCCUUCUCUCAUGUUAUGAGUUACUAUCAGCAUUAAGAUAGAUGUUAUGAAUAUUAUGAAAAUACUUCAACUGAAAAUGAAGCAGAAAAUAUUUUUGUGCAAUUUGCCUUAUGUAUAGCUUUUCCUAGUUUUCUAGGUCUGCAGAACUUACUCAUGAACAUCUUGACCAUUUUCGAGUAUGGAGAGAUGGUUAAUUUUUGCAGAGAUUUACUUAAAAAAAGAUACAGUGAAGUUUAUCCUUAAUGUCAUAAUAAAUUAAUUAGCUCUUCUUAUUUGCCUACACUAAAAUGUUUACUCUUGAUUUAUUAUUAUAUUUCAUAAUACAUUUUAAAAAUAGAAUAUGUACCAUAUAUGAACAAAAUCUCAGAACAAUAAUUUUAUUAUUAAUUAAAACAGUGGGUUACUGACAUUAAUACAGAUCUAUUAUUAUAAUACUGGUCCAGACAUUUACUAAGUUUUUGUUGUAGUGUGAAUACUAAAAUUGAGUUAAAGUAAUAAAUAAAUUUAAACAAUUGAUUUAUUACAGUUGUGAUGGAAAAAAUCGUAGUGAAAGUUUUGAUUCAAAGUCAUAUGAUGCAACUCCAGAAAAACCACUCAUACCAACUAAUAAGAAUGUUAUUAAAGCUUUCGAAAUUAUUAAACCCAAUGUUCAACAGUUAAUUGAAGACACUAAUGCUGUAAGUAGAAUAUUUUUAUAUUAUACAGGUUGGGCCUGAGAAAUUAAUAAAUUUGAAAUAACUUAACAAACAUUUAAACAUUUUUUUUCAAUAUUUAUUGUAAUAUUUGUUAUUUAUUGUUAAUACAUAAUAUGUCAUUUAAGGUUCAUAACACUAAAAUAUCAAGUUGAAAAAUAAUAUCUGUAGGAAGGUGUCCGGUCUUUUGUAUGCAUUCCUAGAAUCUUGUGUGGAGGUUUUUAUGACUCUGUGAUAUCUCCAUGGGAAUUAAAGCCAUUUCUUCUUGGAUUCUUGUCUUCAACUGAAGAAGUGUUGGAUGAUUGCUAUACACUUUGCUUUUAAGAUGGCCCCACAGGUGACACAAUUCCAGGAAUGUAUAAGAGGCCCAGAUAAUGUUUUCCAAACUUGAUAUUGUAGUGUUUUGAACCUUAAAUGGCAUAUUAUAACCAAUAAAUAUUGAAAAAACAAUUUUUAAACAUCAUGAGUGAGUUAUUUUAAAUUUUUCCCUUUCUCGGAACCACUCUGUAAAAUCCAAUUUGUUAUUUAUAUUAAAUAUCUUUUUUAGCUGAAAAUGUGGGUAUCCUUAUUAAUUCCAAAAAUCGAGGAUGGUAACAAUUUUGGAGUAUCUGUUCAAGAAGAUACUCUUGCUCAAAUACAACAUGUUGAAGGCGAAGCUACCAGUUUUCUUGAACAAGAAUCUCAUUAUUAUGUAGUCCGUGCAAAAUUAGUCACCAAGGUUUGUACUUAACAAAAUAUUUUAAUAGAAGUAAUAAAGGUUUAAUAAAUAAUAAUUAUUAAUGCUAUGUGUGUGUCAUAUACAAAUGACUAGUUCUCUAUACAAAUAAUCAUUUCAUAUAUUUAACUAUAAUUAUAUCAAAAAACAAAUUUUUUUCUGAGCGAAGUUUUUUAUUCAUAUAAUAUUGUUGAGAUUUUGGUAAAAAUUAAAUCUUAAAACAAUUAUAAAAAAAAUCACCAAAAUGUUUAGAAAAUUUUCCACAUCUAGAAAAGGUUAAUACAGGAUAUUUUUUUUAUCCUAAACCAGUAAUUUUCUUAGAGUUGCCAAUAUAUCAUUUAGAAAUAGAUAUGCAAUUUAUUACCCUUCUCUACUCCUUCAGUCUAAACAUUAAACAGUUAGAUUGACUUAUAAACUGUAAAUCUGAUAUAAAUUUUAUGCAUAUCAAAAUUUCUAUUAAAAUAUUAUCUAUUUGAAUGUAUGUUCAAAAAGGGAGUUUUUAUAUACUUAUUCGAUAUAUGGAAUAAGGGUAAAAAAUUAAAAAUGAUUUUAAAAUAGUUUUUAACAAUUUCAUAUUGAACAAUAAAUUUCACUUAAAAUCCUAUGAGAAAAUUUUUGUUCAAGAUAAAAAAAAAAAAAAAGAAAUGCUUCUAUAUAGUAUAUAAGUAAUUCUGUAUAUUCUGUGUAAAUUUUAGGUCUCUAUAAUAAUUUUUAACUGAUUCACAACAAAAUAACCAAUUCAAAAAUAACAAAACCAUUUAUGCCUUAAACUUUCCUUUAUUUCUUAUGUUUUCUUUUUGAUUUUCCAAGAAAAAUGAUUGGAAAAUCAAAAUAUUACCUUCUUAGUCACCAACUAGAUCAGAAAUUCAAUAAAAUAAAAAAAAUAAAAGCUUUCUUGUAGUUUCAAUUGAGGCAAGUUUUUGUGUAGAAAACAACAAAUUAUUAAUAAAUGAUAUUUUUAAAUAUUAUACAAUUUUGAAUUUGAAUUAUUGAAAAAAAUAAUUAUUAUAAAUUUAAUUUGCAAUAAUAUAUAUAUAUAUAUAUAUAUUAAAACAUAAUCUAGCAAUGCAGCGUAGAGCUAAGUAAAAAGAAAAAGAGCUUGAGCAUUGACCAUAGUAUAUUACAUGAGAUGGCCAACUCUUAUUUAACCUAUGUAAUUUUGCGACAUAUGGUCCAAUCUCUCUGAAGCCUAAACUAGUAGACUGAUUGUUCUGAAAUUUACACAGGUUGAUCAGUAUUUUUAGUAGAUGAUAUUUUUAUAAAUUUCAAGUUGAUUGGAUAAUUACAGCUUGAGUAAUAUGCUAAAGUAUUAUCAUAGUUUUUAUUCAAACUGCUAUUUUUUCAACAAUUCAACUAUGUAUAUUUUGUACGUAUUGUUACCACCUGUUUUAAAUGAAUAAAAAACAAUUUUGGUUAUUUAUUUCAUCACUGAAUUACUAUAGUAUCAAUUUCUGGGAAAAUUCAUACUAAGCUAUGUUUAUAGCUAUACCUUCAUCAAAUAUUCAUUUACUUAAUCCAUAAAACAACAGAUAUUUUGUUCCAUAAUUUUUCACUCAAUAAAAAAAAACCAUAAAAAAAACCGGUUAACUAUAUCCAAAAUUUUAAUAAAAAAAUGAGUGAUAUCCUAACAAAAACCCUAUCAACUACAUGUAAAAUCCUCCUUAAUAAAAAAAACAAAACUCCAAUAAGAAAAGUUGUAAUAUCUAAGUAAUUUCUUAAAUUCAUUAGAAUAGAAAUUGUUUAUAAUUUUAUUUGAUGAAGUGCGAUUUAUUUGAAUUAUUUAUGUGAAUUUAUUUUAGCUAUGCUGCUAAAACAAUUUCUAUACUAAUGAAUUUAAGAAAUUACUUGCUACUUUUUGAUAUUACUACUUUUCUAACUUGAGUUUUGUUUUUUUCUUAGGGAGGUUUUUACAUGUAGUUGACAGGGUUUUUGUUGGGUACUUAUAUUCAAAAUAAAUGCUAUGAAAUAAAACAUAUAAAUAAGAUAAUUAAAAUGUUUAUAAAACUGAUUGAAUUUUCAACUCUAUAAAGUGUUUGUAUAAGUACAUUAUUUGUCUUUAAUUGUCUAUUAUAUCUUAAUAGCUUAUUGUUUCAUUAUGUUCAAUUUUGAGUGUAGUAUCAUAGUUUUACUUUGGUAUGUGUGUAUAAAUACUGAUAUUAUUUAUUAUGUAUGCUUUAUUAGCUAAAUUAGAUUCACUUAAUUCUUCUAAUGAAUCCCAGAAAUCUAUACUCUUUGUAUGUAAUUAAUGUGUAAACUCAGAGAUUAAUAGGGUAGGAAUUAGACAUAGAAUGAAAUAUUAUUAAUAUUGAGUGCAGAGCCAAGUGUUUCACCCCACUUGAAAAAUCUAUAAACUUUAAUUGUUUAGUGCACACAAUACUACUAGAUAUUUUUGUAAUAAAAAUGUCCAGUUAUUUAAUUUGAGUUCUAUUAUAGAUUAGCCAAUUGUAUUUAAAAAAAAAAAAAAUGUUAUAAUUUUUAAACUUUUGUUCAUGUUUUAGAUUCUGAAAAACCCUUAUAUUGAAGAUUAUAGACGAGCUAUUAACGAAUUGGACGAAAGAACUUAUUUAAACAUGGCCCUUACCGUGCGUGAAAUACGUAAUCAUUAUUCUACAAUGCAUGACAUAGUGAUCAAGAACUUUGACAAAAUAAAAAAACCUCGGUCUUAUAACACCGAUAGCUUUUACUAAAAUUACAAGAAUUAUGCAUCUUUUUUUUAGAUUUUUACUUUUAUCAUUCCUUUUAAAUUAUUUGAAGUAUUUUUUUUUAUUAGUAAGUCUAAAUUUUAUAUAUAGUUUAGAUCAACUUAUAUUAUAGUCAUAACAAAAAACAAAC